UCACUGUCACCAUCUUGUCACGCGAUUUACUCUUGCGUCGUGAACCACGUUGGCGACAAAACUUACUUGAGCAUCCGCUCUCUCGCUCAAACUAUGGCUCGUGCACAUCGUAUCGGCCUCCUUUCCGCACUGUUUGUCUCUCUGUGGACGCUUGUCUUCUUCGAGUUCUUUUCUGUUCCGUUACUGGAUGACGGUGCCUUGAAGCAAGUUUGGCCAUUGCUUCCGUGGUGGUCUCUAGUGUCUUUCGGCUCAUAUUCGCUCGCAUCAUUGGGAUGGGGAUUGUUUUCGUUCCGAGACUGUCCUGAGGCAUAUCAGGAGCUUAUGAGCGAGAUAUCGCUAGCGAAAGAUGAUCUGAGAAGGAAGGGUGUCUCUGUCGAUUGAUGCGAAUGUACACUACACUGACGGACGGGUACUUCCACUCGCUUCUUCGAUUUUGCCUUGCAAACGUGCUCAGCGAAUAUCGUUUGAGUGGUGCAA